AACAGCACCCCACUGAGACAGCAGCCUCAGCUUCGGUGCACCACAGAAUUGCAGCAACAUGCCCAAGCCGCGAACAAAACGAAGCGCCGUCCGCGAGGAGCGCAAGCGCAAGCGACAAGAUCAAGACGACUCGAACUACGAGACGAAGCGUCCGCGGCGGAGCGAGGACGAUGCUGCUGACGACGAGACCGCGGGCUACGCAAUUGAUGGCGCGGGCCCGGGCGAGGCACAGCACGAUGGCAUCCUGGAGAAGGAGUUCUUCGGCAUGCUCGCAGAUGAGGAGCAGGAAUACUUUCGACGUGCCGACGAAAUGCUUGAAUUGAACCAGUUCCCGACCGCCGACGACCGCGGCCUCUUCCUCGAGAGUGUCUAUACUGAGGCCAAAGGCAAGGAACUCAAGCUCGCCAGCAGCCAGUCCUGCUCGCGUCUUAUGGAGCGCCUUAUCCAACUGUCGACCACGGCGCAGAAGAAGAGCCUCUUUGAGGCCUUUGGAGGCCACUUCCUCUCCCUCGUCCGUCAUCGCUUUGCUAGCCACUGCUGCGAGGCACUAUUCCUGCGCUCCGCGGGCGUGGUGACGCAGGAGUUGGCUGGCUACGUGGUGGACACCAAGAGAAAAGGUGCCGACCAGCAGGAGCCCGAGGCCUCCAUGGAAAGCUUGUUUUUGGCCACGUUGGACGAGCUCGAGGGCAGCUUGAGCUUCCUCAUCACCGACCGCUUCGCAUCGCACACCCUCCGCGUCCUGCUCCUCGUACUGUCCGGCCGACCCCUCGACGACGUGUCAGCGAAGACGCUCAUGAAGAGCAAGAAGAAGGAAAACAUUUCAGUGGCGGGGUCCGCGGCCGCGGAUGAGCAGAAUCAGGGUUUGCGAGCCGUCCCGGUGUCUUUCAACAUGGCCAUCCGAAAAAUUGUCAGCGACUCGACCGCUGGCACGGACGCCACGGGUCUGCGCGUGCUGGCGAAGCACCCCAUCGGAAACCCCACGCUGCAGCUUUUGCUCGAGCUCGAUCUGUCGCUGAGCAAGUCUGAACAGAAAUCGGACGACCAACAUGUCUCGCUCCUGCAGCAGCUUCUGCCAGGCGCUCCGAAGUCGCUCGCGGACGGCUCUUCUGAAGCGUCUGAGUUCAUCAAUGGCAUGAUCUACGAUCAGAUCGGCUCGCGGCUCAUUGAAACGCUGGUUGUCCAGUCUCCCGGCAUCAUCUUCAAGGCUCUCAAUCACAGCAUCUUUCUCCCCCGUAUUCAAGGGUAUGUCCGUAACGACAUUGCUUCAUACCCCGCUAUCAAGUUUCUGGGCCGCCUGGGCAGGGAUGAUCUCGUCACAGCCGUCGAGCAGAUCCUCCCGACGGUUCCUCAGCUCGUGUCCAAGUCCCGGUUCAACGUCCUCAAUACUUUGUUCGAGCGCUGCGCAGCAAGAGGCGUGAACGACGAGGUCAAGAAACUCAUGAAGGGCCUCAAGGAGGGUUGUGGAAGCCAGCCCGUCGACCUGGUCACCAGUCUGUGCUGUCUGAGGGACGAGAAGGAAAAGAUCAAGGACGUCGAGCAGCUCACGCGCAACCAGUAUGCCAUUCAGUCGCACGGCGCGAAGCUGCUCACUACCCUGUUAUCCAUCCCUGGUCCCUCCAAGGGCGUCCACGAGUCCCUCCUCGCCCUCCCGCCCGAACACCUCAUUCGCCUCGCCACCACUUCCAUGCCCACGGUGACGCUCCUCACAACUGCCUUGUCAACGCCCGCCGCCAACUCGCUAUUCCAGAAGUCCCUCGUUAGCGCCUUAACGCCGCAUACGUCCGACCUAGCCACCUCACAGUUCGGCCACAACCUCAUCAAUGCCAUCGCGGGGGUGCCCAGCAAAGGCAAGGACCUGAGCGUGCCGUACCACCUCAAGGAGGCGGUCAUGAAUCAGCUCGGGGCCCACGAGGCCGAGCUGCGGGAGUCUUGGAUGGGCCGCAGCGUCUGGAGGAGCUGGAAGGGCGACAUGUGGAAGACGCGUAGGGGAGACUGGAAGGGGUGGAUAAAGGGAGCUGACCUGCCGCAACAAGCUCAGCAGCCUGUCGCCGCAACAAGAGGACUGCACAGAAUACACACCAGCAGGAAGGAUGUAGCAGAGGACGACGAACAGGUGGAAAUGACCGAACUUCAAGAUGAGGCACCGAGUGCGAUGGAAGUUGACGCACCCGAGGAUAUGGCUCCGACCCAAGACGAGACUGAAGAGCAAAAGCCGAGGAAGGAGAAGAAAGAAAGAAAAGAAAAGCGGGACAAGAAGGACAAGACGGAGAAAGCGAAUAAGGAGAAAAAGGACAAGCGAGGCAACAAGGACAAAGAAGGCAAGGAGAAGAAGGCCAAAAAGAGCGAGAAGUGAUGCACCGAUUGGUGAUAUUGAGAUAGCUUCUAAGAAGUCUAAUGAUACCC